ACAUAACCAGUCGAGCUGUCUCUUCUUGAACUAGAAUUUGGAAAUUAGUUUUAGCUUCGAAACUCUCGUACGCCCGUUGAAGCUUUUACUUUGAAAGGCAGGUCGUUCUCUUCCGGUGUCACCAUGUUUGUUUCAGUGUGACUUGACGCUGAAGGAAGAAUGUGUCCAUGAUGACAACUUUAAAAUGCCAACGGUAGCGACGGGGUUGUAAUUCCCAGCUAACAAAGCUUUAGCAAAAAUGUUGAUCAGUCGUUAUCGCGUCGAGUGUCGUCAACGUUUGGAAAUAUCUUAGCGUGCUAACGUUAGCUACCCAGCUAGCUAGCUAGCAUGAACUCGGGCUGUCGCUGCUGUUGUUUACAUCCAGUCCUGAUGAUGGGCCUGGAGAGGUGUGUUAGCUAACCCAGCUACCCGACUUGUUUGCGGGAAAGUGUCAACCUGAAAGCCCGCACUGUGGGGACCGGGGUCGUCCAUCCAAACUACUGCCACCUCAGGGUGAUGGAAGUGUCCUCUCAGGAUCCAUCUCUCAUGGCUAUGGACCUGUCGAAGGGCUACUCAGUCAACCCCCUGACCCGCAGCCACUCUGAAGCCAUGGACCUGGCAAAGAAGCCCGAGUGGUACCACAGACGCCCACCGAGCUGCAGCACAGAGAUCAGCUCUUCGUACAGAUCCAGAGCCUCGUCCUCCUACAACUCUCUGUCCACACAGCUGCAUCCUGAGCCGGGUGCACCUGUCCACUGCAGAGACAUGGAGCAGGGCCCGCAGUCUUUAAGCAACUACAUGAAUUCGACACUAGCUCCGGGGCUGGAUCUGUACCGCGACAGAGCUCACGGCAACCUGUGGCAUCCAGGUUUCUACGGCGGGCCCGACCAAACCGGCGGUCCAGUUCCUGAAAGCAGCGGCGGAGAGGAGAGCGACAGCGGCUCUGAUGUUAUUUUCCUCGUCUCCUCGGCUAAGGAGCCACUCUUAUGCAGUCCUUUCAUCCAAGACGGUGUGAGGCACAUUGUGGAGCCCCUGUCCCCAGCUGUGUCCUCACUGGAUGAAGGGAGAGGUUGCUAUCACCUACCUCAGCCUCUGAGCUCACCCAGCCCUGACAGCUCGUACUCAGAAGACUCCUCAGACAGCUCCGUGGACAUUCCUGUACAUCAUACCCGGCCCGUAGUCCUCCUGUCAGACCUAAGUGCUGUUUACGGCAACCCCGUUGAAUCUCUGGUAGAUAUUUCAAGCGAAGACAGCGACGUUAUCGAAGUUUCAGUCACGAAUGAAAAGAAGAAAAGCAAAACAUUUCCCUGUAAGAAAAGUGUUCCCUGUAAGAAGAGUCUGGUGAGAGAAACUCCUCCUCAGAGUGAGGAGGAAAAAGCUCCACCAAGAAAAGUACGACGUAGUACCAGAAUCAGGAAAUCUGUCUCUGAAAUGCCUCAAUUUACCUGCAGUGUGUCUCGGCACAGUUUGAGGAGACAAGCCAAAAACGAUGCGGUGGGUAUAUAUAACGAAAGUUGUGAUUCUGAUGACAUGAUGGAGUACGCGGGGAGGCUGUUCAGCUCAGAUGCCGACGAGUCGGUCUCGCAGCCAAAUGUGUCGCAAAGAGUGAGCAGUAACUCAGAGGAGUCUGGUGUGGACAUUCAGGCAGACAGGAAGUCGCCGCAGAGAGAGUCGCACGAGCAGCAGCCUCACCGCAAAGCGUCACACACGAAAAGCAUCAAUCAUAAACGAAAGAAGCCCCUCGCCGUUCAUAAAACUAAAAAGUUAAGAAGCACUGAACAGAAACAAAACAGCAGAAUCCCACCAGAGCAGCAUGAAAAGAACAAGUCGGCAAACAGAAAAACUGUCGCGAGACGGAAGAAAAAAAGGCGAACGCAGACCAGACCUUCUGCUCAGUUUCCUCCCAGAGAGCCAGAAAUCAAGCUUAAAUAUGCAAAAAUAAAAGAGGAAAAAAAGGACAAGAAAUCGGGCAGCUUUUGCCCCUUUGUUCACAUGGAGAAGAGGACGUGCACCGUUGUCAACUAUCAGGAGGAGGAAGCGACAGUGAGGAGCAGCAGGGGACAGCAGCAGACGGCCACCAGGUCUCUGUCGGGGUUUGUUCCUCACACGUCCUGUUUCCAGCUGGGUCGGUUCAGCUCGGAGAGCAAGUGUCAGGCCACGCUGCUGUGCUGCCUGUGCGGUCAGACGGCCAACGCCAUGGGCCUCGGGGACCUUCACGGCCCGUACUAUCCUGCCAGCCCGUCUGUGGACUGCCAGAACCAGAACCAGCAGCAGCAGAACUGCAGGACUGAGCAGAAAGAGGAAGAACAUUUACGCGGACGCGUCAAAAGACAUUCAGUAAAUUCCUCGGAUGAUGGUUGUGUUGGUUACGACUGCUCUGCUGUCAAAAGUUUGCUCGAGAGCGACAACCACUCUCUCCCAAAGGUGCCUCUUCAUCUGGACGAGUGCUGGAUCCACGAGGACUGCGGUAUCUGGUCCGCCGGCGUCUUCCUGGUCAGAGGGAAGCUGUACGGGUUGGAGGAGGCGGCCCGGCUCGCACAAGAAACAAUAUGUUCAACGUGCCAACAAACAGGUGCAAUAAUGGGAUGUUUCCAGAAGGGCUGUCCCAGAAAUUAUCACUACAGAUGUGCCGUUCAGUCAGGCUGUGUCUUAACCGAAGACAACUUCUCAAUCAGAUGUCCAGAGCACAAGAACAAACAGUUCACAAGUGUAACCAGACAACACAAGAGAUGACGCGAAAGACAUCUGGGGGCACUGGAGAAUGAUCCACAGAUCUCCUCAGGGUGCGACGUGAUCUGCCUGAUUUCACCUCUGCAGUUUUAUAACGCUAAUUAAUGCGAGCGUGUGUUCGCUCGAGCAGAAGGCAAAUCUUCUGGUGAGAUUUCACUCGUCAUCGUCAGACAGAUCAACCAGGGGCCACUUAAGGAUUUUUAUAAGAUGUGUCUUUGUUUUGUUCAAUUUUUAUGGGGUGUGUAUGUAUGUAUGUAUGUAUGUAUGUGUGUGUGUGUGUGUGUGUGUGUGUGUGUGUGCAUGGAAGUGUGUAUGGCUAUUUAUUCUUCUUCUCGAAGACCCACACUUGGACUAGUCACGUCACAAAUACAGUUAAUUAUUUGAAUAGUUAUAUUAGAGUUUAAAUGAGCUUUAUUGAUUGUUGUAUAGAAUAUGAUAUCUUUAUAUAAGAACACUUCUUUUCUUUCUACAGGUUUUGUACUACUCUUCUAUUACUGUUAGUGCUUCAGUCAUCACAUAACCAACAUAAUUUAUUUUCAAGUUGCAUGCACAGUUGAUGUUUGCUACAAUGCACUUUAUAGUAUAAUUUUUAUUCUGUCAGUUGUUAUUUAUGUCUAUUUGUAGACUUUGUUCUUCCCUUUUUACUAAAAUUAUUUAAAUUUAAUAUAAAGCUGCACUAAGCAAGAUUUAUAUGUAUAAAAACAUCACAAAGUAGGGCUGCAACAGAGAACAUCCCAUCCCCUCGAACCUGAGACCACAAACUGUACAUUCGCCAUAUUCAAGUAAAUUCUGGUGUCAGGUUUGGACGCUUCUCUGCUCACAGGAUGUGGAAACUUAAGAUUGACAAACAGAACAAAACAUCUCAUAAACAGCAGCGAGAGUUCAGUCCAGAAAAAGAUGCAAACAUCAGCGUUCGGUGUUUGGUGGCCGACCUGGUAAAUUCUUCUCUCACGUUAACAGGAUUUUAGAAAAUGUAAAGUUUUAAAGGGUCAGUUCAAUGAAAUCACAAAAAAUAAUCACUUAACACAAGUGGUCUAAUUGAGAUUAAUGAGGUUAUUAGAGCUGAAACAAUUAGUUGACAGAAAGUUAAUCGACAACUAUUUCAGUGAUGAUUUUAAUGAUUGAUUGUUUGAGUAAUUUUUUUUUUUUCUAGAACAAAAAUGCCAAACACAAAUACUAAUUCCAGUUUCUUAAAUGUGAGGAUUUGCUGCUGUUCUCUGUAUUGUAGCAUUGUAAAUUGAAUAUUUGGGGGUUGAAGACUGUCGGUCAGACUAAACAAACUAUCUGAAUUUGUCACUUUUGGCACGUUGGAACUACAGUUCCCAUAAUUUUGGGGCUUUGGGGGAUGUAAACAGGAAGUAUAAUGUUGCCAUGGAUUCACUCCGUUAGCUCUGGGCUACAACUUGCACCCCUUUUUUCUUAGCCCAUAUUUGUUUAAAUUUUAGGCAAAUUAGCACAACAAGUAUGCCGAAUUAGCAAUUAGCAGUUCCUGUUUUUAAUGUACCCAUGGAUGUACAGACAAUUAUCACUGGAUUACUAAGAUACUGAAGAAAACUUAAAAACGUGAUGAUUCUCAGGCAAGUUCUGCAGUUAUAAGGAGCAUCUCUUUUUUUUAAAUAAGUGCAUAACUUGAGAAAGUACCACUGGAGUGAGUUGAAAAAUAUGUUUUUGUGAUUUGGGUGAAUUGACCCUUUUAAUGUAUUUCAGUUACCUCUAGUUGCCAUGUAGAGCUGAAGUCGCCUAGUGCAGCUUUAAGUAUCCAUCUUUGUAUGAGCUCGUUUUUCAGUUCACAUGAGUCGUGACAAACAGGCAGUUAAAGCAUUCAUUGUUUAUAAAACAGGGUUUUAAGUAAAUUGCCAGAGUUUGGUUUCAGGCCUGCACUUUUUUUUAUUUGAGGAAUAAAAAGAUAAUUCAUGUUAUUUAAUAAAAGUCAAUAAACUGAA